AUGUUUACUUUUUCUAAAUCUCCUCCAUCCUCACAGGGGCGGCGAACCUCGUCUGACUCUCGUUCGAUUGAGCGCCCGCCAUCCAGCCAUGCUGGACAUUCGAAUUACCAAUCCUCAAGCGACGAGCUCAACUACUCCGAGCGACCUCGUGGCUAUGUUGAGAACUUUAGAAGAAGCUCUGUACUAGGUGUUCGAGCAAGGAGCAAUACAACAAACUCAGGCUCUACAAAUCACUCCAUUACACCUUCAAUGAGCUCGACCGCAGUCUCGUCGCGCCGCUCGUCCCAAGAUGGCCGCUCUAUGUCUAUAAGCGGCUUGUCAAGAUGGAAUAGCUCGGAGGGCUCUGCGAAGGCUCUCUUCUCUCGGGGCAGUAGAGUGCUACGGAGGAAUAAUAGUCGCAUGAACCUCUUCGCCAUGUCGAAUGAUAAACCCGACGAAAUUGAAGAAUUGGCAAACCGAAGGAAGAGCCAGCUCUGGCAAAGUGGCUUUUUGAGCAAAGGCGACCAAAACGAUACCCAUGCUGCGCGAAAGCGAACGAUUUCGGAACCAUUCAAUUUUCAGCAUCUCACUCACACUAAAGCUCAGCAUUUUCCAGAGUUGGAUCGCACGAGCCAAAGGGAGCUUGUCACCGAGUUCUCCGCCAUCCGGGCCGCCCAAGCCCCGCGAAAGCAGUUGGAAGGAAUUCGAGCAGACGACUUGCAUUUUAGGAACUUCUCCACCGAAGCUAUCAAUGCCUGCCCCUUAUUAGAUAACCCCCCUGACCUCUCCGGUCAUUCACGCCAUGAGCGCUUCGAUCCAGCCGAAGAAUCAGAGCGAAAUCUCCAGUCGCCUCUAGGUCAUCAUAGAGACGUGCAACAUACCCGAUCUGCGGACAGCGUUUCGCAGCCUAGCCCUCCCAGGUCCCCUGAGGCGGUUGCGGAUCCCGUUACUCCACCCCCUCGGAGAUUUUCCAGGGUCGCUUUCGGUUCCUAUAGUCGCCCCUCUGGCCAGUCCUCGCCAACCUCACCUUCAUUCAGUCGCCCUCAUACGAGCUCUGGCUUCCGUGAUGCCCGGCCAUUCAACUUUUCUAUGUUGUGCUCGAAUUCUCCAAAGUCACCGAGCUCCGGCAGAGCUUUGGAAGUAUUUGACGAUGAUCCCGAAAUACCUCAUGCCAUGACCACCCCUGAUGAGACUGCGAUGGAGCUGAGGGCCCCAUCCUUUGGUUGUGGGACAGAGCUGGCCGACGUACCCGAAGAGGAAGAGGGUGCUUUUUGCUUCAGACGCUCAGUCCGGCCAUUCCCAAUUGAUUCGCCCGCUCUUCUCUCCCCAUAUGAUCUAUCAGACAUCGAUCCUUUGAGUCAAUUGGACCCUCCUCAAUUCCCCGAAUCUACAAUACAGCAUCGGGCGCGACCACUCUCGCAGGCGUCCGACACUCUCGGUGCGCCGUUUAGCGGCACGCCAAACUUUCAAUUAUCUGGGACGUCGCCCAUUGUACGCGGAAAUUUCUCUCCAGCUUUACCGACGGACGGGUGCUGGGAAGAUGAUAUCGAUUAUUGCUACGAACACGCUGCCGAGGCCGACUGCGAUUUUGAGUGGUCUCGUCUGCCAAACGAGGCUUCUGUGCCAAAAGGGGCUGCCCAGUCGCAGCACACUGCCCAGGCUCAUUUGGACCAAUCGCGCUAUAAUGUCUCCAGUGAUACGCACAAAGACAGCGCCCCAGGGCCUCUACCGACCUUUGAAUUCGCAGAGCCGCAAGCACAGGCUGCCCUCGCCGCGGGUCCGGGCCCAGCCGAAGCGGAAGGCUUCUCACUUAGUCCUUCACUUCUGAUACCCAAGGACUAUGAGGACCAGAUGCUCCGAGAAGCAUUAUACGAAGAGCUUUUGUCAUCUAAUCCUGAUGUACAGCAACAUUUCCCAUUUUUCGCGCCCAGCCUCGCACGACCCGAAAGCGGGUGUGUUUCUUACCGCAGUAGUCGAACGUCGCCUAGCAAAUGCGAUUCUCAAGACAGCUUUAACUUUUCAGUUGGCCAACAGUCAUUGAGCUCAAGGAGCAGUGUCCUUGAUCUGGUCCAUAGCCAUCCAUGCAAAGAGGUAUUCGACGAAGCAGCCUUGCGUCUGGCUGAUCAAAUUGCCUCCUUGAACGCAUCGGGCUCGGAAACCAGUUCUUUGCACCGCAAUGGCAGCCUCAAUCAGCAUAGCGAGCAUGCCUCAUCGGCUUCGCCAUAUUUGACACAACAAGACGAUGAAGCGCAUGAAUCGAAGCUGCCUCGCCGACAGCGAUCAAGCUCUGACGGUGCCUCCGCCCUCCUUUCCCGCGCUAUUGAUGGAAAAAAUGGCCGAACGCGAUCAGCCAGCUCUGCAGGUUCCCGCCGGGCGUCGCGUGUCUCAUAUAACCUUUUCCCAGCACCCCCACGCCAUCUACCCCAGUAG